UAAUUUGAUUUUUCUAAUCUUCUACAAAUUUGACACCUCUCUUCACUGCAGCCAGCAGCAUCAAAUUAUAAACUUGGUUGACUUCUUGUUCUUGAUCACUUGACUCUUGGAUCUGUUUGAAAGACAUGGGCACAAUUUGGGGUGUAAUUGUGGGUAUAGGAAUUGGAUUUGUGUUGUGGAAGGCCUUGUGGUUCUUGAAGAGGCAAGAACACAAGAUAGAAGAAGAUGAUAUCGAUGGUGAUAGGAAGGUGAGGAUGAAUAAUAAUAUUCCAGGUUCAGUGGGACUUCCAUUUAUAGGAGAACUGGGUUCGUUCCUGGCAGCAACUCACAGCACCAAUGGCGUUUACCAUUUCGUUAAUGUCCGAAGACAACGGUAUGGGAAAUGGUUCAAAACAAGAAUUCUGGGGAAGACGAGCGUGUUCGUCCCGACAGUGGAGGGCGCAAGAAGUGUUUACAGCAGAGAUUUCGAGCAGUUCAACAAAGCCUACGUGAAAUCCAUGGGAGAUUUGGUCGGGAAGAAGAGCCUCUUCAUCGUCCCCAAAAGUCACCACCAGAAGAUCAGACGCGCCCUCGCUCAUCCAUUUUCCAUGAACUACGUCUCCCAUUUUGUCCCCAGAUUCGACGCCUUGCUGUCCCAAAGAUUACAGCGAUUGGAAGAACAGAGAAGAAGCUUCCCUGUUCUUGGGUUUGCCUCCAAGGUGGGGUUCGAUUCAAUCUGCGAUGUUCUACUGAGCAUUAGGGACGCUGAGCUGCUGGGGGAGAUUGAGAGCGACUGCAGAGAUGUUUACGACGCCAUGCUUUCAUUGCCUUUCAUGAUUCCAGGCACUUUGUACUACAGAGCCAUUAAGGCGCGAGAAAGGUUGAUGAAGAGAUUCAAGAGCAUAAUCGCGGAGAGGCGGCGCCGCCCAAAGGCGGAGGCGCGUGAUGAGAAGGGAGAUUUUCUGGAGGUUAUGCUGGGGGAGGAUUCGUUGCUGGACGACGAGGAGAUUAUGGAUAAUUUGUUGACUACGAUAUUGUCCGGACAGAACACCACCGCCUCCGCCAUGAUGUGGGCCGUCAAGUUCAUCUCCGACCACCUCCCCGUCCAGGAUAAACUCAGGGAGGAAGCACUGUCCCUGCGCGCAGCUCAACCAGAAGGAGCAGCGCUGGCGUAUGAAGAUAUGAAUAAAAUGACAUAUACUUCUAAGGUCAUAAAGGAGACGCUGAGAAUGGCGAAUAUCGUGCUGUGGUUUCCGAGAGUUGCACUAGCCAACUGCACUGUUGAUGGUGUGGAGAUACAAAAGGGAUGGCACGUGAACGUUGACGCAGCACACAUACAUUUGGAUCCAGCAGUUCAUCCAGACCCUUUGCGUUUCGAUCCUUCUAGAUUUGACGAAAUGCCGAGGCCGUACACAUACAUACCAUUCGGAGCAGGGGCAAGGACGUGUUUGGGAAUCAACAUGGCAAAGGUGACCAUGUCCAUCUUCUUGCACCGUUUGACGUCUGGAUACACGUGGACCCUCGACAAUGCCGAUCCUAGCCUCGAAUGCAAAGGGUUCAUUCCUAAACUCAAAAGUGGAUGCCCCAUUACCCUCACUGCAUUGAAUCACAAAGAGAAAUCAAAAGCUCAGUAAGAGGUGACCGAAUUAGUGUGAUAAGU